AUGACCACGAAGGUCAACCAGGUCGUCGGCGCGCCGAUGGAGACGUACGAUCGCAAGGUCACGAUCUACUCCCCGGCGCGCGACGCGUGCCAGCAAGGCAAAGCCAAGCUCGGGACGUGGAAGAUCCACCCGGGCGAGCAGCAAAAGUGGGAGAACCCGCUCAUGGGUUGGACCUCCACGGGGGACGCGCUCGCGCAUCAGAUGAACAGCACGUGCGUGUUCAACUCCAAAGAAGCCGCGAUUAAGUUCGCGGAGAAGCACGGGUGGGAGUACGAGGUGAUGGAGCCGCAGAAGUUCGACGCGCGCGGGGCGAGCACGAUACCGGGGGCGGGGAAGAUUCACACGCGUCCGAAGUCGUACGGGGAUAACUUUUCGAGCGCGAGGAAAGGGACCCCGGUGUGGCCGCACCCGGGGACGCACGCGCACGAGCAGAAGAAGUGAGGAGGGCGUUCGUUGUAAUUCGUAUCAAAAGGUGUGUGUU